UCCCACUCCUUUCAUCAUUGAUUCACACAGCUCGCUCUAUCACACAUUCUUUUUCUCUCUCUCUCUCUCUCUCUCUCUCUCUCUCUCUCUCUCUGUCUCUCUCUCUCUCUCUCUCUCUCUCUCUCUCUCUCUCUCUCUCUCUCUGCACUGGCACUUGUUGAAUCCGAUCCUCGCUAGAGGAGGUUGGGGGAGAUGGGAGAGGAACAGAGAGAUAAUGACAGGCAGGCAGAGGGAGUCUUUGAGGCAGCGCUACAACUGACAGCGAACGGACACAAUGGAGCUUCGCAGGAUAUGGAAGACACGGGAAAGUCAGUCACGCCGCGGAGAGAAUGCUGUCUUUUUUUAUUGAGACUUUAAGGAACGUUGCCGCACAUCAAACUCCACUUCAGGCUUCACGUCGCCGGUUUGUCUGCCGCCCUUAGAUUGACUGCGAAGACUGUCUGAGCACCUUCUUCUGCAAUAGUGCAUGAGAGAGCACAAGAAGAAGAAAAAAGAGGGCGAGAGAGAGACUGUUAUGUGCUGCUUUCCCCAGACUCUUCUCACUGGCACUUUCUGCAAUCCAUAGCAGAAGUCUCCUGGUCCAAUAUGUCGCAGUUGCUCCACGUAGAGAUCCCAAACUUUGGAGCCACGGUUCUGGGCUCCCUUAACGAGCAGCGCUUGUUGGGACACUACUGUGAUGUCUCCAUCCUGGUCAAAGGCCAGGCUUUCAAAGCCCACAGGGCUGUCCUGGCUGCCAGCAGCCUCUACUUCCGCGAUCUCUUCAGCACCUCCACCAAGACCCAGUUCGAGCUGCCCUCCUCGGUCACACCAGCCUGCUUCGAGCAGAUCCUCUCCUUCUGCUACACGGGGAAGCUAACCAUGGCGGCCAGCGAACAGCUGGUGGUCAUGUACACGGCGGGCUACCUUCAAAUCCAGCACAUAGUGGAAAGAGGCAUGGACCUGAUGUUCAAGGCCAACUCGCCCCACUGUGACUCACAAACGGCAGGCUCCUUAGAAGAGACGGGAUCCGAGCCGCAGAGUCCUUGCAAUAAUGGCAGUGGCUUGGCGGUGGCCGCCCUUUUGGCCAACCCCGGCUGGUCUCCGUCUCUACUCAUGCCACCCCGGAAGAUUAAACUAGAGGGGGGUGAGCCCACGCCGCUCACACUACCAUCAACGCAUAGCAAGAUCUCAUCAUCAGAGCUGGGGAGUCGGUUGGCGAGGGCCAGUUCGUUGUUCUACACGACGGCUGGAGGGACCACCAUACCUGGCGUGCCCCCUUACCACCUACUGGGGGCUGGAGGGCCGGGAGGUGAAAGGUCAAGUCCUGGUGAAUCCAGUCUACCAACUACUGACAGUCCAACAUCAUACCAAAAUGAAGAUGAAGAGUUUGAGGAGGAGCCUUAUGACGGGAUCACAGAGGACGGCUACAGUCACAUCUACGGACGUUCAGCUAACCCCUUUGGAAUCCCGGACAAGCCCGACAUGGCGGGAGUGCCACUGGCCUUGGAGAACCGCAACUGCGUGCUGAUCCGUCGAGACCUGGUGGCGCUGCCCGCCAGCCUGAUCAGCCAGAUAGGCUACCGCUGCCACCCUAAGCUCUACACUGAGGGCGACCCCGGGGAGAAGUUGGAACUGGUUGCUGGUACACAGGUGUUCAUGACUCGAGGACAACUCAUGAACUGUCACCUCUGCGCCGGCAUCAAACACAAAGUUUUGCUGCGUCGUCUCCUAGCAACAUUCUUUGAUAGAAACACUUUAGCCAACAGCUGUGGGACGGGUAUCCGCUCCUCCACCAGCGACCCCAGUAGGAAACCCCUGGACAGCAGGGUCCUCAACGCUGUCAAACUCUACUGUCAGAAUUUCAACCCCAACUUCAAGGAGAGUGAAAUGAAUGUGAUUGCUGCUGACAUGUGUACAAACGCACGGCGCGUCCGCAAGCGAUGGCUGCCCAAGAUCAAGUCCAUGCUGCCUGACGGCAUGGAGGUGUACCGCGCCGGCAUGGCAAUGGCUGGCGCCCCCGCGGGUCUGGGGCUGGGCCUCGGCGCUAUCCCCCAACAAGGGGUUCCCCUCCCCUUCGAGCCCGACUUCAAGACCUUUGAGCAGAGGCUGUAUCCCGACCGUAAGGACCCUCUGAGGACUCAUCCACCGCUGGCCGACGGAAGCCCAGGCUCGGCGACGGCCGGAGCGGAGGCGGAAGCCGCAGGGGGUGGAGCUCAGGAGGAGCAGGAUGAGGAUGAAGAUGAAGCCGGUUUAGGGACCGUCAACGGAUCACUGGCGGCGCCCGCUGAGGCGGGCGCUUGCGGCGACGCCUCGUCCGAGCAGGAAGGUUUCGGACAAGGCCUGAGGGUGAACGGACAGUGAAUGUUGGCGCUCACGUCGUGAAGUUCGCUUUUAACCUUUUUGCUUGUCGCAAAUCCUCCGCAGCCACUCUCCUCCACUGUGCUUCCUCCAGAGAAAAUAUCCAGUGCAAGAAGCUUGUGAUCUGACACCACAGGAAUUGGUCACACUGAGGUGAAUGUGUACACGUAACGAUACACGUACAAAGCGGUCCAAGCAAACAUAGGCAUGGCAUCCAGAUAGUCGCUCGCAGUGUUGACCGAAUUGAAUCUCACCCAAUUCGCUACUUUUUGGACACAAAGGCAAUUCUCUUGUCUGUCCAAAUGUAUCCCCAAUUCAUUAUUUCUUUGGAAUAUACGUCAUUGAUGCUAAUUAAAGUUAAAGUUAAAAUACCACUGAUAGUCACACACACACACUAGGUGUGGUGAAAUUAUCCUCUGCAUUUGACCCAUCCCCUUGUUCCACCCCCUGGGAGGUGAGGGGAGCAGUGAGCAGCAGUGGGCCGCGCUCAGGAAUCAUUUUGGUGAUUGGUGAUGACAAAUACGCUAAUGUAUAUUUGAAUAUAUUACAUUUCAAAUAGUACACAUUAGCAUCAAGCAGAGAAACAUUAUUUGCCUCCUGAGCGUAUUUAACAGCUUACUGCAUCCUACUGGAGGACACAUUCGUCCGUUCUCGAUGUUUUUUGUUCGCAAAACACAAGUGACAGUUGUCUAUGUCACGCCUUCAUAUUCAGUGUUAUUGUAACAAUAUCUAAAAUCUCCACAUGGGCCAAAAUGUUCUUUUAUUUUAUUUAAUUAUGAUAAAAUGGUGACUAAGUUUACAGUAGAUAUACUACAAAAGAGUUAUGUGGUCACAUUAUAAACACAAAAAAAUUAUUGUACAACAAAAAUAAAGUCACAACAUUACGAGAAAAACUAAAUUAUAUUCUGAGUACUUUUUCGAGGAAUAAAAAAGUUGCAAAAGUUUGAGAGCGAACGUUUUUUAAAGUGCUGUCAACUGUUUAUUUUUUUAAAUCCGAUUGAUCACACUUUUCGAUUUGCAUUAAUCAUGAUUAAUCACAGUAAAUGACUUGCUUACAUAGUUUGAAUUAACCUAAAAAAAAACCACCCCAAUAUUUUUGACAAAUGGAAAAAAAAAUGUUGUCAGAAUGUCACAUGCAAACAUUUUUUUAAAUGUUUUACUUAAAUAUGUCAUUUAUUUGCUCAAAACCUGCUAACCAUUUUAUCUGAAGUACUGUCUGGAAUUAUUUUGGAGUGAAAUUUGGCAGCAAGCACACAGUUGGAGUCUCCUAACUCAUCUCAACUCACGCCACUUUUAAAUUAACCAACAUGCUAACGUAAAAGAGCAUGUGUGCUCAAAAUAAAUUGUGUGAUUAAUCUGCAAUUAUUUAUGAUAAAUGCCAUUUUUUUAAGUUUUGGAUCAAUCACGAGUUAACUCAUUAUUUUUGACUGCUUCAAUUUUUUUAUAUAUUAUUUGGGGCUGUCAAAUUGAAGGGGUUAUUUCAUGUGAUUAAUCACAUAUAUUUGUCGCAAUAAUAACAUAUAAACGCAGCACAACCAUUUUAAAAUAGCAGCCGCUAGCAAGGAUGCUACUAGUUCUUCAUCGCUGGUGAACCUGCAGCAAUGUUGUCAACAAAAUACCACAAAUAAGUUAAGCAACGCUUUUGUAGCAACUGUGAUUAAUCAUGAUUAAUCCAGAUUUAAAAAUCUGAUUAAGAAAUUGAUUCAUUUGACAGCAUUAAUAUUUUUAUCUAAGCUGUAUUUUUUUUCCUAAACAAAAAUAUAAUUUUGCGAGUUUUUUUUUUUAAAGUUACUACCUAAUAAAAAUAAAGAAAAAGAAAAAUCAGUAUUUAUUUUUUCCAAAAAAUUUGCAAUCAUAGGAUUUUUUGACGUUGUCUCCUUAUGAUACAUUUACAAUCGAAAGUAGUAGUUACAUUUUUGUUUUUGGCCACACUAAUGAAUGUUAGGUUUUGGUUCGUGUGGAAAUUUUGACAUAAAAUGACCUGACUUUUUUUCCGACUUAUAAAUGUAGUGCAAUCUUAUGACUUUAUUCUAAUAACUUAAAACACUUUUUUUUCACAUUUUUGUAAACCAAAUUGGUGUGACUCUCAUACUCCUUUGUAGUAUACUGUACAUAUGCAGUAUAACAAUUGGAGCAUACCCCAUGGGAUACACUGUAGUCAUCUGCAGUUGUUGUUUUUUUUAUUCCCUGUGACCUGUGAUGCCUGUGUCUGCCUCGGACCGCCAUUUCCAACUACACAAACCCACACACGCGUACAUGCAGUGUAGAUGCUAGCCGAUGCAUAAAAAUAAAAAAAAAUAUCCAUGCAAUGCAACAAUGCUUUUAAAGUACAAUAAUCUUGUCUUGGGGUUAAAAAUCCUGAAGAAGAACAAGCACUCAAUGUUAUAUUGCAUGCGUGGCUACAAAUGAUGAACAGUUACUCAUUAACAUCAAAGCAUCCACAGAGAACUGUGAUUAAUACAUCAAAUGACUGUUUUAAGUUGUUAUUAAUUAGUUUUUUUUUACUGGGAUCUUACCUCAGUGUGUUGGAACUGACCUGGGUGUCACCCGGAGACGACUGUCGCGUCCCCGGUAAGACGCACAGCGCCUUGAUUUUUUUCCAAGAAGCCCUUCAGUUGUCCCUUAAUGUGGUUUACAUCCACAUGGUCUUUCUUUCAUCCUGUUAUUUUGUAUUGUUCCAGAGGGGAGGGUGGGUAAAUUAUUGAAUAGAAGCAUAUUACACAGUUCAACUGGCUUCUUGUAUUUGCACUCGAAAAGGAGAAAUUAUAAAUUUUUCAAAAGAAGCGACUGAAUUUGAAACUGAAAGUGUCCUAUAUGUUGUCCCAGGUAAUGUAUACAUUUGAAUUGAUAUGUGGUCCUAUUGUUUUAGUAAUGGGGGCAGUGUCCAAUAUGGAUUUGAAACUUUUUUUAUUUACCUGUCUUGCUUGUGUGCUUUUAUUAUUUUUCUCCCUACCAAUUUCUUCCUGAUUAAUGUUAAAUAAUCAUUGUUUUCAUUGAUCAAGAUUGGCAGAAGAACAAAAACGAUCAAAGACAAAACCCCGACACAUAUGUGUUUAGUCUAAAAAUGUGCCAUUCCCGAGGUUCUAGAAGAAGCUUUAAGAAGGUCCUGCACAAAGGUGUACAGGGUUGUAAUUGCACUUGGUGAUGUUUACAAUGUUCUUUUGUUUGCUUGGGUCACUUGGAACAGGGCUAUAAUAGAACAGAAUGGCUGAGAUCCCAGGAUGAAUGUAAACCUUAGCGCUGCUUUGGCAAAGUGGUCAGAUGUAGACAUGUUUUGGCUUUAUUUUGUUUUUUAAAUGUUUCUAAAAGGUCUUCCAAUAGGGGUUACAUUAGCCUUUCCCCUGAAAUGAAUAGAAAUCUGAAUGAGUCUAAUCUGCCGGCUUUUAGCACUUUCUUUUUCUUUAUUCUUUUUUUUUAAAUCAUUCUCAUACUAAAAUUACAUGUAUUUUCUCAAAUAGUGGCCUCUUUCUAGCAGCCUAAAUUCGACACUUGGUGAGUUGUCUGCUUCAACAAAUCGUUUCUCCCUAAAUAGAGGUUUGAAAAGUUUGUAUAACACAUAAUGCACAUUGGCAUGGUCUUACAGUAUGGCCGUGCAGCAACUGCAAACAUGAAUAAACUUAAAACAAAUGGAUGAUUUCCAAUAAAUAAAAGCUUAACAGUUGAUUAACUAUUGCUAACAAAAUGCACAUACUGUAGGGGAGGUCUCAUGGCCAUGCAGCAAGUGCAAAUUUAAAAAUAAAACCAUGUGUAGAUUAGACAUAAGACAAACAAAAUACACAUUCUUGUGGCCGUGCAGCAAGUUCAAAAUAAAAUACAAUUCAAACAUAUUAGGGCAUCAAUCAAAUAAAGGGUUAGUUUGAACAAAUACAACUAACAAAGUGCACAUCGGUGCGGUCUUAAUCUUCUCCCUAAAAGGGUUUACAAGAAUUCACUAUGUCGAUUAAACAAAAUACUCCUUGACAAGGUCUUAUGGCUGUGCAGCAUGUGUACAAGGGAAUACAAUUAAGCCAUUUUAGGGCAUUUCCUUAAAGGCCUACUGAAAUGCGAUUUUCUUAUUUAAACGGGGAUAGCAGAUCCAUUAAAUGUGUCAUACUUGAUCAUUUCGCGAUAUUGCCAUAUUUUUGCUGAAAGGAUUUAGUAGAGAACAUCGACGAUAAAGUUCACAACUUUUGGUCGCUGAUAAAAAAGCCUUGCCUGUACCGGAAGUAGCAGACGAGUAGCGUGACGUCACAGGUUGUGGAGCUCCUCACAUCUGCACAUUGUUUACAAUCAUGGCCACCAGCGGCGAGAGCGAUUUGGACCGAGAAAGCGACGAUUUCCCCAUUUAUUUGAGCGAGGAUGAAAGAUUUGUGGAUGAGGAAAGUGAGAGUGAAGGACUAGAGGGCAGUGGGAGCGAUUCAGAUAGGGAAGAUGCUGUGAGAGGCGGGUGGGACCUGAUAUUCAGCUGGGAAUGACUAAAACAGUAAAUAAACACAAGACAUAUAUAUACUCUAUUAGCCACAACACAACCAGGCUUAUAUUUAAUAUGCCACAAAUUAAUCCCGCAUAACAAACACCUCCCCCCUCCCGUCCAUAUAACCCGCCAAUACAACUCAAACACCUGAACAACACAAUCAAUCCCACAGCCCAAAGUACUGUUCACCUCCCCAAAGUUCAUACAGCACAUAUAUUUCCCCAAAGUUCCCAUUACGUACGUGACAUGCACAUAGCGGCACGCACGUACGGGCAAGCGAUCAAAUGUUUGGAAGCCGCAGCUGCAUGCGUACUCACGGUACCGCGUAUGCGCAUCCAACUCAAAGUCCUCCUGGUAAGAGUCUCUGUUGUCCCAGUUCUCCACAGGCCAAUGGUAAAGCUUGACUGUCAUCUUCCGGGAACGUAAACAAUGAAACACCGGCUGUGUUAUCCGGCAAAACAGUCAAGGGGUGCGUUAACACCUGCCGCAAUACACCGCUUCCCACCUACAGCUUUCUUCUUUGCUGUCUCCAUUGUUCAUUGAACAAAUUGCAAAAGAUUCACCAACACAGAUGUCCAGAAUACUGUGGAAUUUUGCGAUGAAAACAGACGACUUAAUAGCUGGCCACCAUGCUGUCCCAAAAUGUCCUUCUACAAUCCGUGACGUUACGCGCAGGCGUCAUCAUACCGAGACGUUUUCAGCAGGAUAUGUCGCGCAAAAUUUUAAAUUGCACUUAAGUAAGCUAACCAAGCCGUAUUGGCAUGUGUGGCAAUGUUAAGAUUUCAUCAUUGAUAUAAACUAUCAGACUGCGUGGUCGGUAGUAGUGGGUUUCAGUAGGCCUUUAAGUGAAGGGUUUACUUGACAAUACCAAGUGGACUAAACAUUAAGCAAAAAUACAUAUCAGCUUGGUUUUAUGGCCAUGCAGCAAGUUCAAACAUGAAUAAACCUCAAACAAAUGAUUUCCAUCAAAUAAAAGGUUAAUAGGUAAUAAAAAAAUGACUAAAUUUGGUCGUACAGAAAGCGAAACGUGUAUGAACUUCAAACAAAUGAUUUCCAUCAAAUAAAAGGUUAUAAAUAGUUGACUGACAAAGUGCGCAUAGGUGUGGUCUUAUGGCCAUGCAGCAAGUGCAAACUCAAACCUCUUCCUCAAUAAACGGUUAAAAGGAAGCCAUAAAGUUGGUUAAAACGUAAAAAAAAAAAAUACAUUAAGUAUAUCUCACGGCCAUUGCGGCAAACUUGAAUAAACUUCAAGUGAACGUAUGAAUGCCAGCGCUCUCCAAAUGAAGUGUUGAAGAGAAACCACUAAGUUGGUCAAAUGGACGUCAGCAUUGUCUGGAGCUGUGCAGCAUGUGCAAAUAUUUGUACAUUUAAGGCAAAUUAACGCAUCUUUCCAAAUGAAGGGUUGGGGGGAAAGUGUGCACAGGCAUGGUCUUAUGCCCGUGCUGCAAGUGCACACUCAGUAACAGCAAGGAAACGAUUAGUAACCAGCUCUUUUGAGGCAUUGACAUCUGCCUGGUGAUCUCUGCAGUUGAGCCACUACUUGAGUUAAUAUUUCAACUUAGCACUGUACAUCAAAUCACCACCAAUGUUAGUUAGGGCAACUGAUGCACAGCAAUAUAUUUUAUUAGACUUUAAAACCCAGUAAGAUAAAGGACUUAUUAAGGAAAAAGGUGUCAAGAAGAUAUGGAUAUGCUCCACUGUGGUGAAGCUGUGCCUUAAACUAUGACUGUGUGGAAGUAUUAGCUGUAAAACCAUGCGCACCACGACUGUACGACUGAAUUAAAUGCAGUCUGUUUUUCCUUGUUUUUAUUGAAGCUGUAAUUAUACUGAAACUAACCUCCAAAACAAGGUAGUGUUUUAUCUUAUUAGGUCAUAGCUGCCAUUUUCAAAAGUCAGUAUAUUGCUUGUCUAAAUCACUCGAUUUAUUUCAUAGCUGGUCGUUAAUUCUUCAAAAGUGAUGUUUCCACUAUAGCACCAGAGUACACUUACUUGUACAUAAAUAUGUACAUGGCUCAAAUAUAGGGUUGCGAAUGUGGAAUUAAUUGUGAAUUAUAAUGAAUAUUCUCUGAAUCAGGGGUCCCCAAACUAUGGCCCGCGGGAAGUCCCAGUUGUGUG